AUGGAACCGUCUACCAAGAAACGAAAGCUGGCCCCCAAGGUCACCCAUAUUCCAGCCGACCCAGCUGCCGUCCAGCCUUCACAGCACCCCUCUGAAUUGCACCAUCACAUCCUUCAGCCACAGGAACCGCCACCCGAACGCCAUGACUUCGAGACGUACGCCCGCCAUCUCCAAGAUGCCGCCAUGCUCAUCCAGCGACAGACCGAGCGCCCAUCGUCCUCGUAUAAGGAAGUUUCUGUCCUCAUGCUGAGAUGGGAGGACGAUGACAGUGUCGAACAAGACUUGAUUGCUCUUAGCCGUGUCUUUGAGUCUCGAUAUCACUAUCGCACACAGCGAUGGCUUAUCCCGACUGUGGCCAAUCCAAGCAUCAAGCUCGGUGUUCAGAUGGCCCAAUUCCUGGAACAUGCAAGACCCGAUCACUUGCUUGUCAUAUAUUACGCGGGCCAUGGCUAUGUUGGGUCCGAUUCACACCUCUACUGGGCAUGCAAACCUGGACCUGAUGCAGCAAGGCUGAAGUGGGAUGGCGUUCGUUGUCUCUUCGAAGACGCCCAGGCCGAUAUACUCUUUCUGCUGGAUACCUGCGCGAUCCCCGACUCACCAAGCUCGGGAAGCAAUGGGCUUAAGCAAGCAAUUGCCGCCGGUAUUCCUGGAAAGGACAAGCGAAGUGACACCGAUUCUUCAUUUACCGUCAAUCUCGUGGAAGCUCUCCAGAAGAUGAGUACUGGAAGGCAAUUCAGCGCACAGAGGCUCUUUGAGGAAGUCAAAUUUCUCCAGCAGCAGCGCCAGUCUCACCCGCCUCGCUUCGUGAAUGGUUCUGGGGGCACCCAUCUCCCCAAACCGCAGCAACUGCCAGUAUUCUUCACCGUGACGCCCGGGAAAUCUCAGGGACUGACAUUGUCCCCCGUAUCUGUAUCUGGGGGAACACAGCUGCCUACAUCGGGCGAAUCCGAUCAGUCGCCUGUGCGUGGACUUGAGGAGCGCCUCAUAGAUCCUGUUGCGGCGACUGAUAUCCGAUUUGAUGAGCAUCGUAUCUUGGCAUGUACAACAUUCGUCGGUGACGCUAGCCCAGACAUGUCCUUUUUUCACCAGUGGUUGCAAAAUACUCCGCCUUUGGGCGCCAAAAUUGCCGUAGAGGGGAUGUUCCUUGGACCCCCGACGAUGCUUCUCAUUUCGAUGCCCCAUUCCGUCUGGAACAUAGUUCAGCACGAUAAGGUCUGCUGCUUCCUAGGCUACAUCAGCUCGCACAACAUGCUCCAUCUCUACGAGAAGCUCGUCGGGCCCACACCGGCCAAGCCAUCUAUAAACGAGGCUGACGGAGGGCGAAUCUUGUUGGAAGCGAAAGAAUACCCCCCCAGGCCACCGGUGCAAAGCCAAGAGCACGAGAGGCGAGAGCAUGAGAGGAGAGAGCACGAGUUGAGAGAGCACGAGAGGAGAGAGCACGAGAGGAGAGAACACGAGAGGCGUGAGCACGAGCGGCAUGAGCAGAAUGUGCACGCUACUCCCCCAUCUGCAGCUCGGAGCACACCUGCUUCUAAAUAUCGGACCCGUGAGAGCUUGACCCCAGGCCAGUUUCCUUCAGGCCCUGGCGCUACGCCAACCAAACCAAAAGACGAAAACGAGGGGUCGGCGGAGAUGCGGGAAGCUGCAGAACAGCUCAAAGCUCUGAGUCAUAUGAGGCACCGGAGUGAUGACAGCACCCAAGGGUCGGAGAAGCCACGAACAACGUUACCCAACGGCACAUCCGAUUCGAGGCACAAAGUGCGUAGGUCCUCUAAUGAUGAUCACGAAGGAUCCAACGACUCUGGAGAUGUGCGAACCAGCCCCCAGCGUGUCAAAGUUCCGAGGCGUGCUCAGCCAAAGCAUGAGACCCGGUGCCACCAUUGUACUCACGCGCCAUUCCGUGAUUCCUCGUCUCUGCGAAAACAUAUCGCUGCGGCCCACACACGACCAUUCCCCUGUGCCUUUUCAUUUGCAGGCUGCAGCAGCACGUUUGGAUCAAAAAACGAAUGGAAACGGCACAUCACUUCUCAGCACCUUUGUUUGCAGUAUUACCGCUGCUCUUCCUGCCCGAAAGGUAAUGGUGAAGGCAGGGGUAAUGAGUUCAAUCGGAAGGAUUUGUUCACCCAACACCUUCGUCGGAUGCACGCUCCCACGCAGAUAAAAAAGCCCCUCACAAAGAGCGAUACGAAAAUCCAGACUGAGUGGGAGUCACAUGUCAAGCUUAUGCAAGAGAAAUGCUUGGUAAAUCGGCGGCAUCCACCACAGAAGUCGGCAUGCCCAAACCCAGACUGCCUGACGGUGUUCGAGGGAGCAGGCUCUUGGGAUGAAUGGACCGAACAUGUUGGCCGGCACAUGGAGAAGGGCGAGGGUAACAAGGCCUGGGUUGAUAAACACCUGAUCAAUUGGGCUCUCGACGAGAAUAUCAUUGAGUCACAAGGCGGUGGAUACCGCCUUCUGUCUGGUGCAAAUGGAAAUUCUUCACCCAACGGUGAGAGCAAUUCCACUGGCGAGGUCAAAGACUCAAUCUCUAUUCAACCGCCGACAAGAUCAAGCGCAGAGUCUCUGAAACCAGACGAAGACUCGCCCGGAAAAGAGCCAGACUCCGCAAUUGAUUGCAUGGAGGUUGAUUGA